ACAUCGCCUCUGGAAUCAGUUGUUUCCUCACUUCUCCAUUUAACAUUAUCGUAGCUGCGAUUGCAUACUAUACUGUACAGUUGUGCCAGAUGAACAGUCACUAGCAUAAAGCUACAGUCGGUAGCAGAAACAAAGCAUCGCCUUUUGUACGAAGACAAAAACAAUCAAAUAUCCAUUGACGUAAAAAAUACUCAGAGGCUCUACAUGGAUUCACGCGUGCUUUUUCUACUGUUUCAUUGGAACUGAGUAAACUCAUUCAUCGUUUUUCAGUAAAUUUGGAUUAUAAGCACAAGUGAAGCCAAAAAAACGAGCUUUUGAGACUAGCUUACGUGUGUGUGACGAAGAUUCAAUCCGAAGCCUGGAACAGCCGUCGAACGGAACAUGAAUAAAUUGUGCCGGCAAGUGUCGAUAGAGAGUCCGGCCUCGGCGGCCAGCGGGCAACGAUUCGUCUUCAGCUGCGACGUGCCCGUGCCCGACGUGCCGAGUCGCGGGGCGCGAAUCCGCGUCGUCUGCGCCGGGGCCUGCUACCUGCCGCGACGCUCGGCCAGUCUCGGCAGCAACGAGAGCGCCUCGAGCUUCAGCGACGAGACCAGCGUCCUCACGAGCGACGUCUCGGUCGAGGGCGACUUUCCACUGGCCCAGCCCCAUCAGCACGGGGUGCGCGACGCGUCGCUCUUCCCCGGCUACGAGGUAGCCGGCCAGGUCGAGGCCCUCGGCGACGAGGUGCUCGUCGAUUGCGGAUUCGCCAUCGGCGACAGGGUCAUCGUCUAUCCCUACGAGGGAGUACCGCCGGGAUACGUCGAGUAUCUCGUCGUUCCGCAGCUCGACUAUCUCAUCAAAAUUCCCGAUACCAUGCCUCUGAGCGUCGCGGCCAUGUUGCCGGCUGGAGCUCUUCUUGCUAUGAAUACUGUAUUUUCCGCCCACGAACAUGUACAGAAUUUACUGUCGGAACGAGGUGAAGACAGUAUUUGCAACAUUCUUAUCGUUGGUACUGGAGGCUUAGCUCUAUGGGCUUUGCGUCUCGCAGCUUAUUUCUUUUCUGAAAUGAAAGAACGUGUAGGAAUAACAAUUGCUUCACUCAAAGACGACGGUUUAGUGGCAGCUCAAGAAUUUCAGAGAGUGAAUGUGGUGCAAUGGAACGAAGACUUGUACGAGCGUCAAUUAAUCGAGCGCACGAUGGACGCCUGCGGCGGCCAAGUGGACGUGGUCAUAGAUUUCGGCACGACCUCGCGCAGUCUGCACCGAAGUCUACAGUGCCUCGGAAAAGGAGGCGUCGUUUUUGUGAUUCGCGACGUGGCCGAUCGACUGCUGCCGAAAUUUUCGCGCCGCGCCGAGGAGAGACAUCAGAGCAUUCGUCCCGUCGAGCCGGGCAGUCUCGAGCAGCUCAACGAGCUCGUCGAGCUCGUUGGAUCCGGCAAGAUCGAGCCACCGCCACACACCGUCUAUCCGGCCGACCAAGCCUUCGACGUCGUUCAGAAGCUCUGUCAUUCCAAAAUUCAAGGUCGUGCUAUCCUUCGCUUCUAUCCGGCUGAUUAAUCGAUAUUUUAACGGACUAAUUCUUAAUUUGGCUACAAUUGUGUGAUUUAUUAUCUGGCUAAUCGUUGCAUGUAUGCAGUUUACUCGACUUGGCUAUAAUUUUUCAGCCUUUGGUUUACUAUGAUCAAAAAUAUAUGGAUUAAAUUUUAUAGAUUCGAGGACAUAAGAUAAAAUAGUAAAUUGACGCAGUAUUAAGAAGACAAUUUUUUAUGAUUUGUAAAACUGUUUUUAAUUCACCGAUGAGGUUCAAUCAUUGUUAUAAAAAAUUAGCCAUUAAAGAUAAGAAUAUAUUAUUAAUUCAAUGCAAUUAUUUCAUAAGAGCUAAAGGAUAAAGAGAAAAUUGUAUUAAUAACUCCUAUAGGAGGAACGCUUUGAAGUUGAGGCGUUCCAGUGUAAGUUACAUAGUUGUUUAUUAUAAUUAACAACAUCAGGUUAUCAUUUGAAAAAUUAUGAUAAAAGUGAAAUGAUUUUUAAAAAGUAGUCAAUAUAGUUACUACUUUUGUCGAAUUGUAAUAUAUAAUUAAAAAUUAUUUAGAAAUGUUCCAUGUAGUUAUGAGAA